AUGUCUAACCUUCCCUCCGAGCCCGAGUUCGAACAGGCUUACAGAGAGCUGGCCUCCACCCUCGAAAACAGUACCCUCUUCGAACAAAAGCCCGAGUACAAGACUGCCCUGAAAGUCGUCUCCAUCCCCGAGCGCGUCAUCCAGUUCCGCGUCGUCUGGGAAGACGACAAGAACCAGGUUCAGGUGAAUCGCGGAUACAGAGUCCAGUUCAACUCGGCUCUCGGUCCAUACAAGGGCGGUCUCCGCUUCCACCCAACCGUCAACUUGUCUAUCCUGAAGUUCUUGGGCUUCGAGCAGAUAUUUAAGAAUGCUUUGACGGGAUUGAAUAUCGGAGGCGGUAAGGGAGGAGCGGACUUCGACCCUAAGGGCAAAUCCGACAACGAGAUUCGCAAGUUCUGCGUAGCCUUUAUGCGCGAACUCAAUAAGCACAUCGGCGCCGAUACCGAUGUACCAGCUGGAGACAUCGGUGUCUCACCGCGCGAGAUCGGCUGGUUGUUCGGUGCAUACAGAGCUGAGAAGAACAAGUGGGAGGGAGUCCUGACUGGGAAGGGUGGAAGCUGGGGUGGAUCUCUCAUCAGACCUGAGGCUACUGGCUUCGGUCUGGUCUACUACGUUAACCACAUGAUUGCUUACACGGGUCAAGGCACGUUCGAAGGCAAGACCGUCGCCAUCUCUGGCUCCGGUAACGUCGCCCAAUAUGCAGCCAUCAAAGCCAUCGAGCUCGGGGCGACCGUCGUCUCCCUCUCCGAUUCCAAGGGUGCUCUUAUUGCUGCCGAAGGCGAAGGUUUCACCCCCGAGGAUAUCCACAAGAUCGCUGCUCUGAAGGUAAAGCGCCAGUCGCUGACCGAUUUCACCGGAUCUAAGUACAAGUAUGUGGACGGUGCCCGUCCCUGGACCCAUGUCAAGGUCGAUAUCGCGCUGCCUUGCGCGACUCAAAAUGAGGUUUCCAAGGAGGAGGCCGAGGCCCUUAUCAAGACCGGAGCACGAUUCAUUGCUGAAGGAUCGAAUAUGGGUUGCACGCAAGAGGCUAUCGAUGUCUUUGAGGCGCACCGAAAGUCCGAGAAGGAGAAGGCCAUCUGGUACGCACCUGGCAAGGCCGCCAACGCAGGUGGUGUUGCUGUGUCCGGUCUCGAGAUGGCGCAGAACUCUGCACGCAUCAGCUGGACUAGCGAGGAGGUUGAUGAGAAGCUAAAGGGCAUUAUGGAGGCUGCGUUCAAGAACGGUCUUGAGACUGCGAAGAAAUAUGUGCAGGCCAAGGAGGGCGAGUUUCCGUCGUUGGUUGCUGGAUCCAAUAUUGCUGGAUUUGUCAAGGUUGCGGCAGCUAUGUUUGACCAGGGUGAUUGGUGGUAG